AGGGGAAGAGCAAUAAAAACAUGGGCUUUUUCCCGCCGGUUGCAAAAGUAGAAGAUGGGGAUCUUUAUUUGUGAUCAAUCUCUCAGUAAUAGGACAGCGAAGGAGGCUCGGAUUUUCCAUCAAUCCCUGCUCCGAUCAAUUCUCUGCAAUGCGUUCUUGAAUGAAAGGCGAGAAAUUUGAGGGUUUGUUCUUGUUGGGUCGUUUGAGUUUGGGGGAGAAUCUGAUAGAUUGAUCGACCGAUGGAUCACCAUUCCAUGGAGAAAGAGAAGCAGAGCAACCCGCUUCACGCGGCCGCCAGGGAAGGCGACGUGGGCAAGAUCAGUGAGAUUUUUGAGAUGGGCGACGGCUGCGGGUCCAAGAAGAAACUGCUGCUGGGGCGGAACUCGGAGGGGGAGACGCCGCUGUACGUGGCGGCGGAGAAAGGGCAGGUGGAGGCGGUUGCUGAGAUAUUGAGGCACUCCGACAUCGAGAGCGCUUCCGCCGUCGCCAGAAAUGGGUUUGACCCCUUCCAUGUUGCAGCAAAGCAGGGUCAUUUUGAUGUGUUGAAGGAGCUUUUGCGCAGGUUCCCGAGCCUGGCGCUUACUACAGACCAGUCGUGUUCCACUGCCCUGCACACGGCUGCUGCUCAAGGCCACAUUGAGGUAGUCAAACUUCUAUUGGAAACCGACUCGAACCUUGCCAAGAUAGCACGGAACAAUGGGAAGACUGCCCUCCACUCUGCAGCUAGAAUGGGGCACUUGGAGACUGUGAAGGUGCUGCUAUCAAAGGACCCUAAGGCAUGCUGUAGGACCGAUAGGAAAGGCCAGACUGCCCUUCACAUGGCGGUGAAGGGACAAAAUGAGUUCAUAGUUCAAGAGCUUUUAAGACCCGAUCCAAGAGUGGUGAACGUUGAGGAUAACAAGGGAAACACUGCCCUGCAUAUUGCGACGAAGAAAGGCCGCAGUCAGAUAGUACGGUGCUUGCUAUCAGUUGAGGGUAUUGUCACCAGCACGAUCAACAAGGCAGGAGAGACCCCGCUCGAUAUUGCAGAGAAGCUUGGGACUCAUACGACUUCCGAACUCACUUCAGUCCUGAAGGAAGCGGGUGCUACCAAUUCCAAGGACCAACCAAACGCGACAAAACAGCUUAAGCAGACGGUCAGCGACAUCAAGCAUGGCGUCGAGUCACAGCUCAUGCAGACCCGUCAGACCGGCCACAAGGUGCAGAAGAUUGCCAAGAGGCUGAAGAAGCUGCACAUAAGUGGCCUUAACAAUGCGAUAAACUCCACGACAGUUGCGGCAGUCCUUAUAGCAACUGUAACCUUUGCAGCCAUAUUCACUGUUCCAGGCCAGUACGUGGACCAGCAGACCCAAGGUUUCUCCCUUGGGCAGGCCCACAUAGCAAGGCAGGCCGCCUUCAUCAUCUUCUUCGUGUUUGACAGCCUGGCGCUGUUCAUCUCCCUGGCCGUGGUCGUGGUGCAGACAUCCGUGGUAGUGAUCGAGCAGAAAGCCAAGAAACAGCUCGUGUUUGUGAUCAACAAGCUCAUGUGGCUCGCCUGCAUCUUCAUCUCUAUCUCCUUCAUCUCCCUCGCCUAUGUUGUGGUAGGCAAGCACAACAGGUGGCUGGCUGCGUGCGCAGCCCUCAUCGGGGGCUCGAUCAUGCUCACCACCAUUGGGUCAAUGGGCUACUGCGUGAUCAUGCACAGACUGGAGGAGAAAAAGCUAAGAAGCAUACGACAGUCGGAAAGCCGUUCGAGAUCAUACUCAGUGAUGUCCAUAGCAUCAGAACAAGAUGUCUUGAACAGUGAUUUCAAGAGAAUGUACGCGCUUUAAGGAAAGAAUAUGAUUGGUAAUGAAAUUUAUUGUACUUAUAUUAAGAAGCUAAUGUACACUAAAGCUGCAAUAAGAAACUUACCUCCUUCUGAAUCA